CGCACAGUAGGCGGCUAACCUGAAUAAUAACAUGGAUCCGCUGGAGGAGAAUGAGACGGAUUUAGUGUCUUCGGCUAUAAUGACAACUCCACCUUUGAUGCGUAACAGUCGCCCGGAGGAGCUGUUGAGUCAGAGCAGCUCCCCUGGAAGUGGUACACAAGUAUCCAGUGCCAGUGGAUUCUCUCUGGGGGAGGCUAUUGUUCAGAGGGCAAAACAGGGUUUGGAACCAUGGUACCAGUUACAGUCAGAAGAGGAUUUUGGGUUGCUUCCAGGAUCCUCGGUGACCUUGCCCUCUGAACAUACAGCUACAUAUGGGGUAGAUGAUUUGCCAAGCCUGGAAGAAGGCUUUAUAACAAUGACUAAGGAACCUGAAGAUAUGAAAGGAAAAGACCUAUUGUAUACACCAAAGCUUGAUUAUCAGGACAGUUUUCUGUCUCCUGCUCUUCCACUUCUGACUCAAUAUAGUGAUGGGACCUUAUUUGAACAGACAAACCUUGAAUUUGCCCCUUUAAGGCCACUUCCAGACAACUCUUAUAUGACAGAAGAGUUUCCAGGACCCCUCCAGCUUAAUCCUGCAUUACAGCUUGCAACAACUGAUGUCUUCCCAGACUCUGUCAGCAGUGGGCCCCUUUCCCAAUGUCCAUUAAUGAUGAGCACAUUUGACCCUGAUGAUGAGAAGAACAUAAACAUAAUACUACCUCAGCACCAACUCUCUCACAGAUCUGUCCUUGAAGAGCAAGUAGAAAGAGAAUUAAGGGAAGAAUGUGAGUUGUCCCUGGUAGGGCAAGAAGAAUUCUCCAACUGUUCAGAAUCCCAAGUUCAUGAAGAAAAAGGUGGUCAGAAAUCCGAGAGCAAUGAUCAAGCACUGCAUGAAGAGCUGCCUAGGGCAUCAAUGGCAGAUGAUGUAUCUUUUUUAGACAGUGACAUUCCUGUCCCACUCUUGCUUGAAUUGCUGGAAAAAGAAGUUGGAGUAUCAAGUAGUGGAACUUGUUCAGCUGUUUCUACAAGCUCUUCUCAUGCAGAGUUACCUAGUAGAAAUCUUGAAAAAUAUGAAACAGUCCCUUUGGACACUGACAGAGUUGUAUCUCCCAAUGUUAUAAAUGACACUAUAGCAAACUCGGUAGCACAAGGAUUUACAUUCUCCUCAUCUGAGCUCCCUGCCAACAUCAUAAGAGACCAACCUGUAGUGGGAAAUGUUGUACAAUCUUUUGAUUCCUCUAAUGGGCAAAAAGAGAAAAAUGAAUUGAAUGUUUUUAAUGCAUCUGAUGUAUCCUAUGUGACAGCCAAACAGGAAAGUGCAAAAUCCAAUGAAAAUAAGGUUGAUGUGGAUUCCCAUGACACAUACAGUGGUAGAGCCAGCACAGUUAUAGAAUUCCCAACAGAUCUUAGCAAAGGUUCUUUGGAUUGUAGUGUUGAAAGAGGUUUUAAAGAGGGUGAAUUAUCGUCAUCUGCUCAUCAAACUAAUGUGGAUUCAUCUGUUUUUGGUUUACCUUUAAAACCCAUUUCUCAGUCAACUCCUGGAAUGUUUUUAGGUGCACCGAAAUCUACUGUACAAUAUAAUUUGAGUAAAGGGACCACUAAUCAAUCAAAAAAAGAAUGUUCUCUGGAUAAACUAAGUCCAAUUCAAUCAAAACAAGAAAUGCUUGUUUUGUCAACUAGUACUUCCCUGGAUAUCACACCCAAGGCCUUGCUUAAUUCCUCUACAGGUAAAGAAUUACCUGAACCUACACCUGAGACUAAUAGCUCUUCCACUGGAAAAUGUUCAAAUGAACAAUCUCUCUUUGUUAACAAAAAAUUUCAAUCACUACCUGCGCUUAACUAUAUGGAAAAGGUGGGAGCAUGGAAUAUGACUUUUCCUACCAGUAAAACAGAAUUUGAUAACCUGGCUUUGCGUGGCUUCACAGGAGUCUCUCCAAGGCAAAAGGCCUACAGUGCAAUUGCUGAUUCAUUAAACCAACUGUUGUCCCGGAAGAAUAGCACUAAAUCCUUCUCACCAUCAACCAGUGACAACAGUAAGAGCCCAAAGAAGAGCCUUUCUUCUUCAUUUUGUGGAAAUUUAUCUCCAGCUACAGAUUUUCUGGAAAACAAGGGAAGUUUGACAAAUUCACCUUUAGCCAGGUCUUGGUCUUGCACAUCAAUCAAAGAGGAGCAACUAGCUCUAGAUCAAAAACAGGAUGAUGUGCUUUGUCAAAACAUAGAAGGGGCAGAAAAAAUAACAAAAUGUCUCCCUGAUAAUAUUGUUUUAACUCGAGUUCUAAAUAGCUGCAGAAAAGAAGAUUCUCAAGAGAAAGUAGCAGAGAAAAUGGCUAGUGACAAGGACCAUGGUAAUUUGGUUAAAAACAAUAUCCUUAGUUCAGAUAGUGCCAGCUGCAAUUUGGACAUACUGUUGCAACCUGUGGAACAUGAACACCAUCAUUGUGAAGGUGGCCCUCCUAACAGAUUUAGUGAUGAGUCUCCAAAUGAAACUGUUGGUACCCUUGUCAGUUUCCAGGAUGCAAACUAUAAAGAUGUCAACAGUCUUCAUGCUUCUUAUGAUGUCUCUGCAGUUUCACCUCCAAAUAAUUUGCAAACUGAUAGUUAUGCUUCUCAUUGUGCAACCAACCCAUCAACCCCAGUAAAGAAUGUAGAAUUUAAUAUUGAAGAAAGAAUUCCCCAUUAUCUUCGUGCUUUGGGGAUUGACCAGUCUCCAUCCACCAUACUUACCCCUUUUGCACCAAGAGGACCAAUUCGAGAACCAGAGUUUUCACCAACUGAUCUUUGCACAAUAAAGGGCUCUACAUGCACUCAGCAGUCGGAAGGAGACAGUCCUUUGAAAGGGGAUUUCUCGCAAUCAAGCAUUUUGUCUAUCAAUUCCACUCUGAGCCUGUCAGUCCCAUUAGGAUCUGAUGCUGACAGUGAAACCCCAUUGCCCUCAGAACCAGCUAUAACAAAUGAUUUCAGAACCUCUGUUGAGAGACCUGUCAGUCAGUGCAGUCCCCAUGUUGAUUUUCAUCCUAUAGAUCAUUCCCUAGAUAUUCCUUUACAGAAAUCCUGCUCUUCUGGAUCAGAAAGCAGCAAAUUAAAUUCUGAAGAGUCUCUUGCACGCUUUACACAGAAGCAAAGUCCUUCUGUGAUUGGAAGACUGGUAUCUGAAAAUUUCCAAAACAAUAUAAAUAACUUUGAUUCUGGCCAUCCAUCUGCUCCUGAUAAUUUACCUUCAAUUUCUUUGCUGGCUUCAGAUCAUCAGACUGAGGUGAUGAACAGCCCUACUUUAAAUUUAUCAUCGGGCUCUUUGCUGACCAAAGAAAGUCACGCUGAGAUGAAUAAUUCUAUUUUAAACUCCUCUGAAUCUUCUUCUGGAAGGAUAGCAUCUGAGACAUCUUUUCAAAAUUUAAACAUAGAUAAUGAUUCCUUUGAGGGGGCAAAAACUUUAAAAGAGAUACGAAAGCUUUUGAGUAAGACUGAAGAACCUCCUUUUCCAAGGUCUUCCUUCUCCUCCCCAUCUGCAUCUUUAAGAGGCUCUGAAGACAUUUCAGCCUAUUUAUACAAAGGACUGGACAAUUUUAAUUUUCAAGGUUCUUUGGCAUCACAUUUUGAUGUCAAUGACAAUGGUUCCUAUUGGCACAAGUCAUCAUCAUCAUCAACUUUGUCAUUAUUAACCCUGGAUGGAUUAAAAGAAAGUUUAAUUUUUGAUGGCUGUUUUUCAACUAGGUCUUCUUCCCCCAGUUCAUUCAUUUCUCAAGGAAAAAAAUCAAUACAGUCGAAAAGGCAGGAGAAAAUCGAUUCGCUUACAGAAUCAAAGCAGGUUGGACAUGAGUAUGGACAGGGUGGAUCAUUUAUUGCUGACAGUGUCAAGAGGUUUGAGCCAGAAGGCUGUAGUGAGGCCAGACAAAUCAAUGCUAGCUUUGCUUCAACAAUGAGCUUUGCUGCUCCAAGUCUUGAGCUUGAUGAUGUACAGGAAAAUCCUGAAGAUAUAGCCCAAGAAACACCAGAAACCAUUUUUUUACCAUCUACUGUGACUGAAAUGAUUGGAAUAGAUGAGUCUCAUGAGACUGUGAAAGUUAUAGAAGGCAGUGAUCGCAGCAGUGCCAAUUCCAUUGCUUCUCAAGUGGCUUUUCUUCUGAAAACAGAGUCUCCAGUAACUUCUGCAUCUAGUAUUAUAAAUGCUGCUAAUGAAGAAGAGGCAAAAGCACGAGACUUGACACAACUGAAGCUUGCUGGGGAUUAUAAUGCUACCUUAGAACUGAAUAUGGAAGAUCGUCAAAGAAUUGAAGAAAUUAAAGCUGAACUUCUACAAAACACAAAGCUUACAAGUGACAUAGAAAGGGGUCAGUGGAUUUCGGACUCUGAUUCAGAUGUCACGUCUGCCACUGGUCAAUUUUGUAUAUUGCCUACUCUACCCCGACCACAAGUUGAGGCCUUGAGCUUGGUGACAUCUUCUCAGACCUCUCUGAAUCCAAGUGACAUGCAUUUGGAGUCUCCAAGUACAAUGUGCAGCAACGUAGGCACCCAUCUGCAUGAGUUAGGUGAUCGAGAUGGAAUUUCAGGCAGAGGAGUUCCUUGGCAAAUCACUGCAGAAGCUGGCAGGCCCAUCUCUUCCAUCACAUUUUCUUCUCGUAAACGAUCCCCAUCCCCUUCUGUCUCUCCUUCCCGGACUGUGAAAAAAUCUUCAGAGCCUCAGCUCAAAGAGUUCACAUUUGAAGAAAAAUCAUCUCGACCCAAAAAUCACAGUUAUACUGAGCCACAUAGAGCACGGAAACAAACUCAUGAUGCAGCCACAGAAAAAUUUAUAGAGCAAUGUCAUGACAACAACAAUGGAAAGAAUCAAGUUUCUUUUACGAAUGGUUUAAUGCCUGCUUUGAAUCACUAUCAGAAAAAUAAUUCCAGUAAUAUUCCAACGAACUCAGAUUCUAAAGAAUGGAUGUUUUCUCCCAGAUCACAAGAAUAUAGAUAUUCAAACAAGCCACUUCAGCUGGAUGAAUUUAUUUCACAGCAAGAUAAGGUGAGCAGAUAUCAGCAAGAUGUUUCCACAGGGGUUUACACUCAAAGCAAUGGUUAUGGACCACGGCUAGUACUAAGGUCAGAAGCAUUUCAAGAACGGAAUCAACAGGAACAUGUUGACACACAACCUUCAUCUUCUCCAAAACAUGUUUUUGUUCAAAGUCCAAAAGUUCAUAUACCUGAAUCUACUAUUAAUAUCACAAAAAACAUUUCCAGAUCCACUCCCAAUCUUUCCCUAAGGGAAGAUACAUCGCCUCAAGUGAAAUCUCAAGAUAAUAAUUUUGGCACAACACCAAUGCAGAUUUCAACUGUUGCCUCUGGAACCUCUUAUGUUUCUUCUCCAACCAGAAAGGUACUUUCCUAUGUUCACUUAACUUUCACUCCAAAGCCUUCCAGUGGAAAUUUGGUUUCAUCAGAGGACAGUGAUAUUAAGUUUGCCUCAGAGCAGAGUAGGAGUAGUAAUAAUCUUGAUAAACAUACUUUCGAAAAAAUUCCUCAACAGGAUUGUGUUUCUGCAGUAUCAGAAAUUCAAAUACUCCCAAACUCUUGCAUGGCUGUACCUUUCAAAGCAAUAUGUAAUGCUGAUGCAGAAUCUCAGACGACAACAUUUGUUCCUCAGCAGACUCCAUUAGCACCCACAACUACGUCCAGUACCAAACAGGACUCCCAGACUCUCCUAUCACAGUCAAGAGCGUUACCUAUCACUUCAACAUCAUCCUCACAUGUGUCAAAUCAGCCCAUAUUGGGGCCUUAUAAACCAUUAGGAAUUUCAGAUGUGCCAAACACUUCAAUAGCAAAUUCCCAUUCAGGGCAACAAAGCAUUAUUCCUUCAAAGCUCAUGGAGUUGCAUGAGGACAAAGAAACACAGGUCAGCAUGAGAAGUACACAGGGAAUGUCUUCCCAGAGGUCUAUUCCAGCUUCACCUUGGGAGCAAAAGGGUUUAAUCUCAGCAGGUUUAAAGAAGAGCCGUGUUUUUGAAAAUGCUGAUUUGUCCAGGAAAAGCUCUGAGGAUGCAAACAGUAUACCUUCUUCCCAUAAUAUCAUUCAGCCUUUUGUGAGAACUACAUAUAAAACUGUUGAAGUUCAGACUGAUGAGCAGCAAUUUGCAGUUGAUGAGCCAGACUUUGCUAGAAUCAUGGAUAAAAAUCGGCGUAAUGCUCAAAAAUGUGAAAUGGCCUACAGCAUCGGUAAUCUGCAUGACCACCUCAGCUCUAGAAGAAAGAGUCCAACAUCAACCAGGGCAGAUAACAGUAUCAGAAGCCAGUCUACUACUUCUCAUAUGACGCAUAGUGGAUAUUACCAUGAUGGGUAUCAUGCCAAACAUAGUCAGUCACUUGAUAGAAGUCUGCAGUCAUCCAAGAGUUUAGAUCAACUUUGGGAAAAGUUUAAACAAAGGCAACACCAGGAAAAAUCUGCUGAUACUAGUACAGGGGAACCAACUUUGCUGGAAAGGUUAGAACGUCUGUCCAGAUUACUCCAACACCCUACUAGACAUUCAGAAUUGUGCAAAGAGGAAUAUUCGUCAAUCAGGGAUGAUGGUGGAAAGAGGCCUUUAAGCCUGCAAAUACAAAAAGAAGAGAGACGAGAUUUAGACAAAAGGAAAAAACAGGCUUGGGUGAAAAGCUUUCCAGACUCAAAAAGUAUACAGACGUCUCCUCAUGCUAAACAUGGAAUGGUGUUUGAGACAGAUUCAGACCUUGGAACUCUCCACGAAACCUCGUCAGAAAGUAUGCAAUUUCCACAGAAAUACCUAACAUCAGAUGAAACUGCAGAGAGCAGUAAUAGUGUCAUCACCUCUGAAACAGACACAGCUGCACAAACGGAGUCAAAUUUCUCUGCACCAGCUGAUACCAGCAGCUCUGUUUCCACCAUCAACACUUCCCGGUUAAUUAGGGCCUUUGGCCCUGAAAAAGUUGUUGUCAAUCCAUACCUGUCCAAACUUUAUCACACUAUUGAUAAACAAAAGGAGAACUUGGAGAAAAGGACACAAAACAGGACAAGUAAAGCAUCCAGGAAGCCAUUGACAUCUUCAGCAACCUUCUCAGGAAAUAAGAUGGUUUCAAAUCCUUUGCCAACAGUAGAAACAUCUUGCAAACCUUCACAUCAUCAGAAAAACAAGAAACCUACAGUACUUGUUCACAAAAGCAUCCAAGCUGGUCAUUUUGAGAUAGUCAGUAAUGCCACCAAGAAGAACACCAAAGAUGUUGGAAUGACUUUUCCUUCCCCAGACUCUGACAGUGGGCCUCAUACUCGUUUCUCUGCUGAGGCUCGAAAUGAAGAAGCGUCUCACAACAGGCUACUGUUUGAAAGAAGUGAGCAUCCUCGGGUGUUCCUUUAUGAAAAAAAGAGAAAGAACAGACAGAGACAUCCUAGAGGUGUUAGCUGGUUUGUUCCUGCUGUGGAAUUGAUGUGUGUAGGGAAGGACAGAAAUGACAUGCAGUCUAAACCAAGUCUCUCUUGGUUUGCUCAUUUUAAAAAUGAAAAGUCAUGGAGGCCACCACUAAGAGAAAGGCAUAUGCAGGAAGAGCCAGUGAGAAACUUGUGGAGGGAAACGAGACAACCAAGUACAAGUCAACCGCCUUGUGCUCUUGUGCGUGUGACUUUACAGGAAUCCCUGGAAUUGCACCGCCCUGAUUUUAUUUCUAGAUCCCGAGAAAGAAUGAAGAGACUAUCAUUGAAGGCAGAAGAAAGGAAGGAAGAAGCUUUAUUUCAAAAUGAACGAGAACAGCUGUUUUGCUGUGAUGCUGAGAGAAACCGACUAGCCAAUAACUUGCGCAGACUUUUGGACCAAGAAAAUCUUUCUCAGAAAAGAGAAAUUACCAAGAAAGAAAUGUUCCUCAGAUCAAAAAGAAAAUAUUGCCAGUUGCCUGAGGUCCGAAAACGGCAAGAAGAGGAGAGGAGACAAGCAGAAUAUCGAUGUAACCGAAUUAAGGCUGAACAAUACAAACGGAAGAUUGCCAACCGCAUUUUAGGAAGAAAAGCACCAUGGGAAUGAAAAUGGACCUAGAAGAUGACAGUGGGCCUUUUAACUGCUGCUUUAAGUAGACCUUGUUUUUUUUAACAUUUUCUUACCUGAGUGUUUGUCCUCAUUGGUGUUUAUUGUGUUUUUAGGCGUGAAUAUGAAUGAUUUUAAUUUAGGGAAAAAAUUACAAACCGUUGGAUUAUGUUUAUGUAAAACAAAUGUGUGUGAGAUUUUAAAUAAUGUUGUAAUAGGUCUGGGUCUCUGCACUCGCUAUAGAAGAACAUUCUUACUUUGUAACUUUUAGACCGCUGCCUUCUUCCCAUGAAUAUUGGUUUUAUAUAAGUGUCUUGUCUAAUAAAUAUUUGGACAUGAUAAAGAUAUUAUUAUCUUACCAUUUUACCAAAAAUAUUGGAGUUGAAGUUAUCUGAUGAAAGUACAAACUACCAGCUUUAACUUGAGGGACUUUAUAGUUUGUAUUGAAACCAAUCCCUCCCUUCAAAAUAUUCACAUUUUGCUGCUUUGCAGCCUGAAAUGAAGACACACAGAAAAAAAUAUUUCUCCAGUUGCAAUUACUCAAUGCAACUUAUAAUAGCAAUAAUGAAAAAAAAAAUCUGAAUCACUGAGAUUCGUUAUGAAAUAGCUUAUAUUUUUCUUAAUCCCCUUGAAUUAAAAAUGAAAGUCUUCACUUCAAUCACAUGUUCAUUGCUUCCUUUCAGAUACAUUGUGGUGAUGUACAGAGCCAAAAUUAUGAAAUUUGAGUCACUGUCCAAACACCUACCUGUAACAAUUUAUAAAUUGUCUUUUUUCAUGAUCACUAAAUCCUGUGUGUCUUGUGGAUUUCUAACAGUUAAACCUAACAUUUAGAUGUUUUUUCAGUCAGCACAUUAAUACAUUAAUGUUUUUUUUUAUAAUAUGUUAAUUGCUUUGCUUCAGAAGCAUUAAGUUAUGCAAUUGUCUGAAAAAAACUUUUAAAGCCAGUGUUUAAUUUUAUUAAGUGAAAAUAUUUUAAUACUUUGUAUAUUUUGGCAAUGAUGUAAUUGUAUGCUCUUUUAUAUAUUUUUUA